CUGAGGACUGCGCUUAGGGAAAAACACACAGGGAUUCCACAGAAAGCAGAGUUUGUCAAAGGAGUUAGCGUCAGUAAGACUGUUGUUUCUCACUGCACAGCUGCUUAUCGAAAUGCGAUUGUCUUUAAUCUUUUUGUUUAUCCAACUGUGGGGGAAUGUGAAAGUUUCUGUAUCACAGAAUGUAUGUUCAAAGCUCCCAGAUGUUCCUCAUGCCCAAGUGUCAGGAGAGACCAAAAAGGCUGAGUACCAACAAGGAAAUGUGAUACAUUUUACUUGUGAAACUGGUUAUGUAUCAGGGCCAACCAUCAGAUAUGUCUGUACAAAUACAGGCUGGAUGGCAGUCCACCAGGGAAGGUGCUACUUGAAGCCAUGUGAACUUCCUGAUGACACUCCCAAUGGCUAUUAUCAAAUUAUCAACGGUGAAGACUUUGUUUUUGGAUCAACCAUCAAAUACUUCUGCAAUGAAGGGUAUCAAAUGGUGAGUAAGGACGACACCAGGACUUGUUUGCUGAACAAAUGGACCAAUCACGUGCCAAUAUGUGAUCCUUUAAGCUGUGAACCGCCUCCUGCAGAUGGUGGGGUUACAGUAAAAGGUUUACCACAAAAUGAAGAACCGAUACUUCCUGACCGAUUCCUCACAUUCAGCUGUGAUGGCCCUGGGAAAUACCUGAAUGGCAGUUCAGUGCUGAUAUGUGGUAAAGAUGGACAGUGGGAUAAUCCAUUCCCCUCUUGUGAAGACAUCACUUGUAAAGUUGACGUGAUGAACCCCCAUCUCAUUGUAGCUGUACCACCAGCAAAUAAAACAGUGAAGAUUGGACAUAAAUUACAGUUUCAAUGCAAUGAUCAAUAUGCACUGGACGGGUCUGAAGAAAUUGAAUGUUUAGAAACUGGGCAGUGGAAUGCUCCCUUUCCAACUUGUGUUGACCAAUGCAAAGUCACAGCUGUACCAGCCAACGUAUACAUCUCUGGAUAUGUACCAAAUAAUCAACUACGAAAAGGACAAAAUUUAUGGUUUAAGUGCAGACAGAGAGGACACUUUCUUCGAGGGAAUGCAUCAGUGGAAUGUUUAGCAAACGGAAAGUGGAGUGACCCCUUCCCAACAUGUGGACCUCCUUUGGGUUGUAGGAGACCACCACCCCUUGCAGAUGGAGAUAUCAAGGACAGUGUUCGAUUCCAGUACAGACAUGAAGAUAGGGUUGAAUAUGUUUGUCCGAACUUUUACAUUAUGCAGGGUGGACCUUACAAAACCUGCAAAAAUGGUGAAUGGGUUGGACAGAUGAGAUGCCUCAAACCCUGCACUGUGGAUAAAGAAGCCAUGAGAAGUCACAAUAUUGUCUUCAGAUAUACAGCUGAUGAUAAGCUGUAUUCAACACAUAAUGAUGUAAUCCAGUUUAUGUGUAUCAGAGGAAGAAGACAUGAUGAAGUACUGGAGAUGCGCCAGAAGUGUGUUGACGGUGUGAUGAACCUGCCCACCUGCCAGUAAAUGUUUAUUAAUCAACUGAAUAUAAUAUGAUAAACAUGAGCUGGUUGAACAAACAUGUAAAAGAUUAAUCAAAGUAAAGAGUUAGACCAGUAUCUAUACUUCCUGUGUGUUGUAAUUUUAAUAAAGCACAGCUUUUCACUUUG